GCGUAAAGUCAUUUCUGCAACCAGUGCACUCAGUAGAUGGUGAGCAACAGGGUUAUUUCAGCCAGGGCAUUUUUUCUACACUUUCAAGUGGCUUUUCUAAGAUGUUGACCCGAAAAGGAGAGCCCAGCACUGAGCCAGUGAAUGACGGGGGGAUGGACAGUAAUCAGACUGCUUUGAAUACAGAUGUGAAAGGGCCACCUACUCACAGACUGUCUUGCGGCCAGUCUCCCUAUUCUGAAACUACAACAUGGGAGAGAAAAUAUUGCAUCCUGACCGACAGUCAGCUGGUGCUGCUUAACAGGGAGAAGGAGAUGCCUGUGGAGGGGGUACAGGAACAACAGACAGAAUCUACCAAAGGGCGAUGCCUGCGACGUACCGUAAGCGUCCCAUCUGAGGGUCAGUUUCCUGAAUAUCCACCAGAGGGAGCCACUAAGCUUGAAGUCCCAGCAGAGAGGUCUCCUCGAAGACGGAGCAUCUCGGGAACCAGCACAUCCGAGAAAACCAACUCCAUGGAUGCAUCAAACACCUCUCCUUUCAAAGUCCCAGGCUUCUUCAGCAAGCGUCUGAAAGGCUCCAUCAAGAGGACAAAGAGCCAAUCAAAGCUGGACAGAAAUACGAGCUUCCGUCUUCCAUCUCUCCGCAACGCUGAUGACAGGUCUCGUGGACUACCAAAACUGAAAGAAUCUCGUUCACAUGAAUCUUUGCUGAGCCCAGGCAGCGCAGUGGAGGCAUUGGAUCUUGGGACGGAAGAGAAAGUCUUUGUCAAACCUCUUCACAGCAGUAUCCUUGGACAAGACUUCUGCUUUGAGGUAACCUAUUCCAGCGGCAGUAAAUGUUUCAGUUGUUCGUCUGCAGCAGAGAGAGACAAGUGGAUGGAAAAUCUACGCAGGACAGUGCAGCCUAACAAGGACAACUGCCGCCGAGCGGAGAAUGUGCUCCGGCUCUGGAUCAUUGAGGCUAAGGACUUGGCCCCCAAGAAGAGAUACUUCUGUGAGCUGUGCCUUGACGACACUCUGUUUGCCCGCACCACCAGCAAAACCAAAGCGGACAAUAUCUUUUGGGGUGAACACUUUGAGUUUUAUGGCCUCCCGCCCCUCCAUAGCAUCACAGUUCACAUCUAUAAGGAUGUGGAGAAGAAGAAGAAAAAAGACAAAAAUAACUAUGUGGGUCUAGUCAACAUCCCCAUGGCCAGUGUGACUGGCCGUCAGUUUGUGGAAAAGUGGUACCCGGUCAGCACACCUACGCCCAAUAAAGGGAAGUCAGGGGGGCCUUCCAUUCGGAUCAAGUCCCGAUACCAGACCAUCACCAUCCUCCCCAUGGAGCAGUACAAAGAAUUUGCAGAGUUUGUUACCAAUAACUACACCAUGUUGUGCUCGGUGCUGGAGCCUGUGAUCAGCGUGAGGAACAAGGAGGAGAUGGCCUGUGCUUUGGUGCACAUUCUUCAGAGCACUGGCAGAGCCAAGGACUUCUUGACAGAUCUGGUGAUGUCUGAGGUAGAUCGCUGUGGAGAGCAUGAAGUUUUGAUCUUCAGGGAGAACACGCUUGCCACCAAAGCCAUUGAAGAAUACCUAAAGCUGGUAGGACAGAAGUAUCUUCAUGAUGCACUAGGGGAAUUCAUCAAGGCUUUGUAUGAGUCAGAUGAGAACUGUGAAGUUGAUCCCAGCAAAUGUUCAUCCAGUGAAUUAACUGAUCAUCAGAGCAACCUGAAAAUGUGCUGUGAGCUGGCCUUCUGCAAGAUUAUCAACUCCUACUGUGUGUUUCCUCGGGAGCUGAAGGAGGUGUUUGCAUCCUGGAAGCAGAAGUGCCUCAGUCGGGGCAAGCAGGACAUCAGUGAACGCCUGAUCAGUGCCUCACUCUUCCUCCGCUUCUUGUGCCCAGCUAUCAUGUCCCCUAGUCUCUUCAGUCUCAUGCAGGAGUAUCCAGAUGACCGGACAUCUCGCACUCUGACACUCAUUGCUAAAGUCAUUCAGAACCUCGCCAACUUUGCUAAGUUUGGGAAUAAAGAAGAGUACAUGGCCUUCAUGAAUGAUUUCCUGGAACAUGAAUGGGGGGGAAUGAAGCGCUUUCUGCUGGAAAUCUCUAACCCAGACACCAUCUCCAACACGCCUGGGUUCGAAGGCUACAUUGACCUGGGCAGGGAACUCUCGGUUUUGCACUCCCUAUUAUGGGAGGUUGUGUCCCAACUUGAUAAGGGUGAAAAUUCCUUCCUACAGGCGACCGUGGCAAAACUUGGACCCCUCCCUCGCAUUCUUGCUGAUAUCACCAAGUCAAUGACCAAUCCUACGCCAAUACAGCAGCAGCUGCGGCGUUUCACCGAGCACAGCUCUAAUCCAAAUGUCAGUGGCAGUCUCUCCUCAGGGCUUCAGAAGAUAUUUGAGGACCCCACUGAUGGUGACCCGCAUAAACUGAAAUCUCCAACCCAGGAAAAUAUAGAUGGAUAUUUUCGAGGGAAAACCUUACUCUUGGUGCAGCAGGCAUCCACCCAGAGCAUGACUUCCUCGGACAAGGACGAGAGGGAGAGCAUACUGCCCAAUGGACGUAGCAUCUCCCUCAUGGACCUGCAGGACCCACAUGCCACUCACAGCGAUCCCGCAUCCAUCCUGCACGAUGUGCCUUUGCGUCUGGCGGGCAGCCAGCUCUCCAUAACACAGGUGGCCAACAUCAAACAACUGCGGGAGACGCAGAGCACACCACAAAGCGCUCCCCAAGUCAGGAGACCGCUGCACCCAGCCUUGAAUCAACAAGGCAGCCUCCAGCCCCUGUCCUUCCAGAACCCGGUUUACCAGCUCAAUAACCCUCCUCCACCAAUGCCAAAGGCCUCUGUGGACUCCAGCUUGGAGAACUUAAGUACUGCCAGCUCCCGGAGCCAAAGUAACAGUGAAGACUUCAAACUCAGCGGACCCAGCAACAGUAGCAUGGAGGACUUCACCAAACGCAGCACGCAGAGUGAGGACUUCUCCAGGCGGCACACUGUGCCAGACAAGCAUGUGCCGAUGGCUCUGCCCCGUCAGAACAGCAUUGGGCAGGCGCAGAUCCGUAAAAUGGACCUGGUUGGGUUGGGCGCCAAGGCCAAAGCCCCUCAGUCCCUGCCACACAGCGCUUCCUUGCGGAGCACCGGGAGCCUGUCGGCAGCCUCAGGUGCAAUGGUGACAGAGCCAGUUCAGAAUGGGAGCCGGUCUCGGCAGCAGUCCUCAUCCUCCAGAGAAAGCCCUGUCCCAAAGGUGAGGGCAAUUCAGCGGCAGCAGACGCAGCAGGUUCAGUCACCCGUGGAUUCAGCCACAAUGUCGCCAGUAGAAAGGACAGCUGCCUGGGUUCUGAAUAACGGGCAGUAUGACGAGGAAGAGGUGGAUGCAGAGCAGCAGCAAGAUGAAAUCAAGCAUGCUGAGAAGUACGAGCAAGAGAUAGCCAAGCUGAAGGAUCGUCUGAAAGUGUCGAGCCGACGACUAGAGGAGUACGAGCGGCGUCUGCUGGUGCAGGAGCAGCAAAUGCAGAAGCUGCUGAUGGAAUACAAGACGAGGUUGGAAGAUAGUGAGGAUCGACUUCGCCGGCAGCAGGAGGAGAAGGACAGUCAAAUGAAAAGUAUCAUUAGCAGGCUAAUGGCAGUCGAAGAGGAGCUGAAGAAGGACCAUGCUGAGAUGCAAGCAGUCAUUGAUGCAAAGCAGAAAAUUAUAGAUGCACAGGAGAAGCGGAUCGUGUCUCUGGACUCAGCCAACACGCGGCUGAUGAGUGCCCUGACGCAGGUGAAGGAGCGGUACAGCAUGCAAGUCCGCAAUGGCAUCUCCCCCACAAACCCCACCAAGCUUUCCAUCACGGAGAAUGGUGAAUUCAAAAACAGCAGCUGCUAACAAGUUUGAUGCUGCAUGCCAUCUCCCCAGGGGCAGGGCAAAAGGAGGCAGACUCCAUGAAGCCAAACACAGACUCGUUACAGGUUUACAGAAUGCUGCUAAAAGAAAAACUGGUGUGGGGAAAUACAGCCCACUGUUCAGACCAGGAUAAUAAGGGCAAGGGCCCUCCAUAUUGCUGUGUAUAUACAUAGGGAGCCUGUUGUGGGCCGUGUACAGAAAUUGCUGCUGUAACAUAGCAAAAGGAAGUCAGUCAUGUAGAUUUUUUUAAUUAUUGCUAUUUUUAUUAUUUUUUCCUCUUGUUGAAAGCACUGCAGUCUUGGGGAGGAAGAGGAGUGUGUGCGUGCAUGUCUGGUGUGGGUGAGCGGCCGAGUGAGACGGAAGCAGUUGGUUACUUAGAAGCUGUACAGACUGAUUGAUACAAGCACAUGGAGUGAAGUGAAAUAUUAGUGAAAUGAAUUAUACAAGAGACUUCUCUGCUGACUUUUAACCUUCUCUGCCUCAGUUCUGCAAUCGAAUACGAACGCCAGACCCAACCUUCGUGCAGGAAGACUGGCUCCUGUUGGCUUCUGUAUCUACUGUUGCUAGGAUACAGGCAAAAGGCUCUGCCGGUCUCUCUGAACGCUCUGUGUAGGCCCUCUUUGGAGCAGGAAGCCCAUGUCUGCCCAAAGCCAGGCUUCCCGCCGAAUAGACAAAGGGAAUAUGCAGUUUUAAGGUGUUUUUUUUAACCCAGUUAUAGUAAGGUUUGAUUUUUUUUUUCCUUUUUAGAGUUUACAAAACUGUAAAUACCUGUGUUUUUUUUUACAGUGUGCACAUAAUCCAUUGUCUCAAUGCAGUAGCUAUCUGAAUCAGUUACCCACUCUCCAUUGGAAAUAAUCAGGUUAGUACCAUAAGGAAAGGGCUAACCAACGGGCAGCCAGGCCCUGUGCAAUAGAUCAGUGAACGUCAAAUAAAGCUUUCCUAGUUUAUUUUUCAUUUUGUCUUGUUCGGUUUUACCAUUUCACCCAUUGGGUUAUCAGCUAUCUCAACAUCCAGAAAGGCUUUUUCCAGACUAUUCGUGAUUUUUUUUUUUUAACAUCUUCACCCCACCCAAAUUAAAUUCAUCUGUCUGUCAAUGUUUUUUGUGUUCUGUAUUUUUUGCCUAGGUGAGUUUACAGCUGAAUCUCAAUGUGCCCCAUAAUGUUGCUCUUGCUUCCCCCACAAGCAGACUUUUGCAGGAUGUACAUGAACGCUCAUCCUGAAAUUAUAAAGUGACCUUCUAGGAAGGAAGAUGUAGCUUAUACAUAUUCACAAUAUGUAAAAUUUGAAAUAUCACAUGCCAUAUAAGGUUAACAGGUAUUACACACUAUUGCCAACUCUCAUGGGUUUAUCAGAGGUCUGAGGAUACUAAGUGUGUUUCUUGUAAAAGCGUAGGCUUCUGAAGUCAAAUGAUUGUGGGACUCUCCACUUUCAGUUGGUAAAAAGUAUUUUUUUAGCUCUUAUUGCAAAGAAAAGCAUGAACAUGUGAACCCUAAAGUCUCAACACAAUGCAAGUAAAAAGGACCCCAAAUUCAAACAAGAAAUUAGGUACAAAUUUCCAGCAUUGAGAGUGAUGAAUCAUUGGAACACGCUUCCAAGGGAAGUGGUGGACUGAUCAGAAGAGAUGGACAAGACUGGCUACCAUUUUGGAAGAUAUGCAUUAGACGCAAGUUAUUGGGCUUAAUACAUGGUGAUGUUUGAGGCCCUGUGUGUUACACAGGAGGUCUGACUAAAUGAUCUGAUGUUCUGCCCUUAAACACUAUGAAUCUAUGAAAACUUAUUUAAAAAUGUUGGGAUUUUUAAGCCAAUUGCACGAUUUUGGGGGACCUAACUUGAGUUCUCUGAUCUCUCGGAGUUGGUAAUAUUGAUAAUGACCCUAAUUCAGAGUCAUUUGUCCAAAUUUGUUUGCUGUUUAGAAAUGAAUUAGCUUAACCCUGCAGGCCAAUUCUGUUUCUUUGUUGUGAAGCAUAAUAUGUAAACAAUGCAAAUUAAAAGUUACUUCCAUUCAACAUACACACAGAUGUAUGUAAAUAACUAACUAUGCAGAAAAUCAGAGAGAUCAUCUCUCCUGUACUGUAAAACAUACAAUGUAAAAGUGUAUGAAUCUCUCUUAACUAAGACCUUGGCAGUUACUUCCAUUGAGAGGUAGCAGAUUUACCUGAAGUGAGUAGAAAUUAACUUUUAAAGUUCUGUCCACUCAAAGUUGCUGCUUCUUCCUCAGACUUCUCAGACAUGGUUGGUAGCAAGGAGAAGCCCUGCUUAAUGUUCAUGAAGCAGCACAGACAAGUUUGUGGAGGCUUUUGCACUCAUGAGGCUGUGUACGGGAUCUGCACAGAAGUGAUUUUUUUUAACUUUCCAAACGAUGUUUUCCAGCUCUGGGUCAUGUGACCCCUGCUAUUUUCUCCCUUGGGAGCUGUGCCUUUCACCCUCUUCUCCUAACCAUGUGCCAAGGCUGCACUCAGAGUAAUAGCUGUUGAUCCAUUUAUACGUUGUGAGUAGCUCUUACAUUUUUACAAGAAGCUGUUGUCCAGUAAAACCCCCUUUAGCUCAGCUUUUUUGUGUGGCUUACGGGCAGCUACUACAUGCCUACCCCAUGUUAUAUAGCUGCACCCAAAUUCAGUGAAAUUCACUAUAAUUACCCUGGAUUAUAUUCACCCAGCUGUGCUAUGCAAAAUCUUUUUCCCAAAUGCAGCCCUGUACAUGGGUGUGUACUUUAAUCAUAUAGUAUAUAAAGCAUAUGGUGUGGGUAGGAUUUUUAAGUUCUAGAGGAGCCAUUGAAUGCUUUCUGUGGAUUAUUUUGUGGGGACUAGAAGAAGAUUUAUAUCGACAUACAGACUCAGUUGAGAUGUCAUUCUAGUGGUGCUAGGCUAAUGCUUCUGAGGGAGCUGGAGCUGGCCACAGCCCUCAUGUUUUAUGAUAAUGCAGGAAUGAACGGAAAAAUAAAUAGAGCAAAAACUGAAUGAUGAACUUAAUAGGCUUCAGGCUCGUAAAUCGACAGAUCACCCAAAUGUAGCAGGCCACAUGUCAUGCUGUUAUGGGAGAUAGGGGCCACCUUCAAUUGAGGACAGCAGAGGGUAAUAUAGGAAGACUGCAUAAGUCUCUCGAACCCAUAUAUGUUUAUCAACUUUUCACUGCUUCCCUGUGUGUGUCUGUAUUGGGGAAGCAUUGGGAUAGGGCUGCCAAUGGAAAAGGAAAGGAAGGAUUCCUUGUAUCAAGCUCUCUGGUGCCAUUGAUUUCCAUUAAGCAUCUCAGUUUGCGGUUGAACGUUGUUUUGACUUUAAGGAAUGGCACUUGCCAACUGAUUCUCCAAGCCUCAAUCUAAAACUGUAUCUUUCCACUUUUUGUGACUUUCAUUAAAUCUAAUUUCCGUCCCCUUCAUCUGAGCUAUGCUGACUGACAGAAGGCGUGCACGAUAUACCUUUGCAUUCUCAGGAGCUAUUACAGUCACACAGGGUGCGUCUACUCUGCACCCAUAGUUCCAAAUAAGCUAUGCGGUUUGAGCUACGUGCAUGUGUAGUUUAUUUCAAGUGUAUUUCGAAAUAGAGCGUUCUCUAAAACGUCCCUUAAUCCUUGUGGAACGAGGUUUACAGGGAUGUCAGAAUAGCGCACCCGUUUUUUUCGAAAGCUAUUUUGAAAUAAUGGGCCCACCGUCAAGACACGGAAAAGGCUAUUUCAGGAUACAGGAAGUAUCCCAAAAUAACACUGCUUUCUAGACACGCCCACAGCGGCCUCAGGCCGAAGUCAUGAAUGUGGCCAGCUAUUGAUUGUGUGCUUGCGGUGCUAUUUCUUCUACUGCCUCUUGGCAAGGUGUAGAAGCACUGUCUGUAUCACUGUGUGCUUGCUGGCCACAUUCACAAUUCCUGCUUUCUAGUGGUCCCUCUCAAAGGACAAAUUAACUGACACAUCUUUUCCUAGGCCAGUCAGUCGGAUUUCUGAAUUUUAAAUAAAAACUCUUGACCUGGUUGUGGUGUGACCGUUAAGUACAAUACCGUGUUGCGCUUCAGCACUUUCUCAAAUUCUGAAUGCUGUAUGCUGCGUUUGAGGGACAAAAGUAAUCACGCUGGCAAGAGAAGCAGUGAAUACCUCAGGACGAGGUGGUGCUAAGGCCGACCGAAUGGCCUAAAGGUUGCCCAAUCCAAAGGCCCCUUCUUCACAACACAGGGAAUUCAGGUCCUGAGGAAGGAACAAGGGUGGGAGUUGGAGCCACUAAGCAUCUACUGUUUUUCUUCAGUGUAUAGAAAAUUGGUAUUCAUGUACAUAAAGACAUACACAGAUCAUAUAGCUGCACAUUUCAAACAUUCUCUCUCCUAUCAUGAGAGAACCUAGAGCAGAGUGGAGAGAAAUGUGCAUAUUUCCUAGCUAGUGAACAUAGAUUGUGUUCUGUGGUUGGAUAACCUUCAUAUUCAUGCAUCCAGCCAUUCCAGAAAUGUUUUUCUUUUACACUGUUGCAAAUGCUGUGUCAUAUUUUUUUACAUUAAUUUCAUGCUCUAAUCCUAGUUCAAACCACUGGCUUUUAGCUAAUCCAGGGGUUGGUGAUUUAACAGUGGUGUAUGCAGUGUAAGUUUGCCAUCUCCAUUUGCUGAGUCACCAGUGUGAUGUCUGUACAAAUCCUAUUUAUGUGUUCUGUAAAAAUGUCUGCAUCAUUCUUGGGGGACAAUUUGUGUGUUCCAUUCGAAUGUGUAUAUUUGUUUUGUUGAUUAACAUUAACCAAGUAGGACAUUAUCUGGUCAACCACUAUUCUCCAACAGAGUGUGGGAUAGAUUUAAAGGGUUAAAUUUAGGUUGAUGCUUUUAGACACUUCCUUCCCUACAUUAAAUUAGCUCCCAUGAGGGAGACACUGUCAUUGUGAAUCACUCCUGCCAGGAAUCCUACCUGUAAAAAUAGAUUUUCUAUCUCAAGGGCCUUAAUGAGAGUGUUACUACACAGGACUAUUUUACAAUGAUCGCUCUAAAUAAUUUAUUUUUAGUUCAAAAAUUACACCUUAAAGUAAUAAAGUUGGUUUUCAAAACCAUAUUUUUAUGCUAGUAGCACUGGACUGUUUGGUCUCUGAGCUCCAUCUCUGCAUUUCAUUGCCUGGGUUUGUUCUAAAGAAGAUUUAUUUUUGUUCUGUGAAUAAAUUUUCAAGGUUCUUGUAUAUGUACAGAUAUAGAUACAUUCGAGGUCUUUUAUUGAUAUUCCUACAAAGAAUACAAAUAAACUUUAACUUUAAACAAUUUGGA